AAUGGUUGCCCCCCCCUGUCGCGUCUUAAUGACGUCACGUUGGCAUUUUAAUCAUGGCGGAGGAGGGCCGUGAGGAGAUGAGCAGCAACGGAGAAUCGUCAGCCAUGGAUACCUCUGACCUUUCCCCGCCACCUCCGGCCGAGGCAUCGGAGGACAACGGCAGUGCGGCCACAGGACCCGAAGCCCCCGCGGACCCCGACCCUGCAUCUUUCUCUGCGCCCCCCGAGGCCCAGGAAGGGGACUUGCCUGCCGACUUUGAGCACCUGUGGAAGGCGGCACACGACAGACCUCAAGACUUCACCAGCUGGACCGACCUGCUGCAGUACUGCGAGCAAGAGGGUCACGUUGUUGCAUCACACAGAGCACUACAGGCCUUCCUCACUCAUUACCCGCUCUGCUAUGGCUACUGGAAGAAAUUUGUAGAUCUGGAGCGUCGCACCGGAUCCAACGACAAAGCAGAAGAGGUGUGUAUUCGGGGCCUCCGAGCCAUCCCUUUGAGUGUAGAUCUGUGGAUCCACUAUGUAAACCUGUUGCUGGGAACUCUGGACAUGAACCUGUCAGAUUCUCCCACACGGAUCCGCAGAGUUUUUGAAGACUGCCUCACAGCAGCAGGGAUGGAUUUCCACUCCGACCGGCUUUGGGAUCUGUAUGUGGAGUGGGAGAAGGAGCAGGGGAACUUGAGAAAGGCAACAGCCAUCCUGGACAGAGUGCUCAAAGUCCCCACCCAGCUCUACAACACCCAUUAUGACAAGUUGAAAGAGCACAUCAACAGUCAUCCACCUAAGGACGUUCUCUCUCCAGAGGAGUACGAGGAGCUGAGGGCGCUGUGCCGUCAAAGCCAGAAGGCGGAGCGCGCCCAACAGGCCCAGCAGGAGGACGAGGAGAGACCACCGGGGGAGGAGGGGCCCGCCACACCUGAAGGGGUGGACUCUGAGGAACUCAUGCAGAAGAUAAGGGAACGAGUGCUGGCCGUCAGAGACAAGGUGUAUCAGGAAAACGAGGAAGAAGUCCGCAAGAGGUGGCACUUUGAAGAAGCUAUCAAACGGCCGUAUUUCCACGUAAAGCCGCUCGAUCGUGCGCAGCUUCAAGCUUGGCACGCCUACCUGGACUGGGAGAUGGCCGAGCUGCACAGGGACAGCAGAGACACCACACAAGAUCCAAGCCAAGCAGCUGUAGAGGGAUCCGAACCUCACGAUGCACCAAAGGAUGCUGGGAUUGCCCGCAGUGACCACAGAGUCCGUGUUUUGUUUGAGCGCUGCCUCAUCGCCUGUGCGCUGUACGAGGAGCUGUGGACCAGGUACAUCAGAUACCUGGAGCUACAGAGCGCUGAGGAGGCGCGUGCCGUUUACCGGCGAGCCUGCCAGAUCCACCUGCCACAGAGGCCCAAUAUUCACAUGCAGUGGGCCACGUUUGAGGAGCGGCACGGUGACAUCGCUGAGGCUCGGAGAGUGUUGGAGGAGUUGGAGAAAAAACUGCCUGGUCUGGUGGUGGUCCGCCUCCGCAGGGCUGCUUUGGAGAGGCGGGCGGGUCAGCUGGAGCAAGCAGAGUCCCUUCUGCGUGAGGCUGUGGCUCAGUCCACAGAGAAACCCCCAUUACAUGCCUUCUACUCCAUCAAGCUGGCCCGUCUGCUGCUGAAAGUGGGCAGGAACUCCAGCGAGGCGCGCAGAGUUUUACAGGAAGCCCUGGAAAUGAGUCCAGAAAACGAAAAGCUCCACCUGAACCUGUUGGAGCUGGAGGUGUCGGACGCCUCAGCCGAGGCCGUGCAGGAGUGUGUAAGGCGAGCGCUGGAGGCUCCUCUCACUCCAGACACCAAGAUCCUCCUCUCACAAAGAGGCCUUCAGUUCUCUGAGGAUUUUAGCAGUUCCAUCAAGAGCGUGAUUUCUGUAUACGAGGCGCACCAGAAGCUGCUGAGCGAGCUGGGCGGAACAAAGAGGCCAGCUGACAACGGAGACGAGGAUCCAGAGAAGCAGAGCAAAACCGAAGAGGACUCCACCGUCGCUGCCGCCGCCACCCAGGCUGCCCCCACCACGACGCAUGUCCCCAUCACCACCCCGCCUCCCCCUGUGAGUGCCGACGUGAGCGCUCAAACGGGGUACGGAGCGUACAGCAGCUGGUACCAGCAACCGCAGUACGGCGGCUACGGCUACCAGAACAGUUGGAACUACAACCAGGGCUACUAUCCGCCCAGCUGAAGAACAGACUGAGCCUGCUGGACUCACAUUAAACACAGCAGCAGCAGCCUCGUCUUCCUCAUCUGCUGCCCCAUCACACCCCAGGAUUCAGGAAGAAGAUGCUCUUUCUGACAGGCGGAUGGAAGGAGGAGGAAAGUCAGGCGUGCGUUUUAUCUGGAAUUAUUUUUCUAUGUUUUGGAAACUCCUCUGCUUAUUCUUUGCAGGAGGAACGUUGAUGUUUUCUACCAUUCCACUGUCCGUUUGUUGCCUGUUUUAAUGUAUAUAAAAUGUUUUUAGUGUCACGUUUUA